ACCACUGCCGGCCUCCGUCUCCCAGGCUCAGCCUUGCUACCAUUGAAAAUCAGACUCUUUUUGUCUCUUGAUUGCUGUCUGCCGCCCGAACUCCGAUGUGUUCCGUUAUCAGCGCGCAGCAGCCUGCCUCCGCAGCCCCUGUCUGGGUGGGGAGCGGAGACCACUGCCCAGCCGCGGCGCUGGCCCAGGGCGUGUAGGCAGAGAAAGAGCGAGGCAGAGCGAGCGGCGGCCGGGAGCCGGCGCUCCGCACCCCGCGUGCUCGGCCAGCGGCGGCCCGGCUGGGCGGGCGGGCGGGCGGCGCGAUGCUGCUCCCGCUGCGAUGUCUCCUGCUGCUACUGCUCGGCUGCUGGCUGCUGGCGCGCCCCGGGCUGGCGUGCGGACCGGGCAGGGGCUUCGGCAAGCGGCGGCACCCCAAGAAGCUCACCCCGCUCGCCUACAAGCAGUUCAUCCCCAACGUGGCCGAGAAGACCCUGGGCGCCAGCGGGAGGUACGAGGGGAAGAUCUCGAGAAACUCGGAGCGGUUUAAGGAGCUCACGCCCAAUUACAACCCCGACAUCAUAUUUAAGGAUGAGGAGAACACGGGAGCAGACCGGCUGAUGACUCAGAGAUGUAAGGACAAGCUCAACGCCCUGGCCAUCUCCGUGAUGAACCAGUGGCCCGGCGUGAAGCUGCGCGUGACCGAGGGCUGGGACGAGGACGGCCACCACUCGGAGGAGUCGCUGCACUACGAGGGCCGCGCCGUGGACAUCACCACGUCGGACCGCGACCGCAGCAAGUACGGCAUGCUGGCGCGCCUGGCCGUGGAGGCCGGCUUUGACUGGGUCUACUACGAGUCCAAGGCGCACGUCCACUGCUCGGUGAAAGCAGAGAACUCGGUGGCGGCCAAGUCCGGCGGCUGCUUCCCCGGCUCGGCCACCGUGCGCCUGGAGCAGGGCGGCACCAAGCGCGUGAAGGACCUGCGGCCGGGGGACCGCGUGCUGGCGGCAGACGAGCAGGGCCGGCUGCUCUACAGCGACUUCCUCGCCUUCCUGGACCGCGACGACGGCGCCAAGAAGGUCUUCUACGUGAUCGAGACGCGGGAGCCGCGCGAGCGCCUGCUGCUCACGGCCGCGCACCUGCUCUUCGUGGCGCCGUCCAACGCCACGGCCGCGGGGGCGCCGUCGGGGGCCGCGCCCGAGCGCCGCGCGCUCUUCGCCAGCCGCGUGCGGCCGGGCCAGCGCGUGUACGUGGUGGCCGAGCGCGGCGGGGCCCCGCGGCUGCUGCCGGCCGCCGUGCACCGCGUGUCGCUGCGCGAGGAGGCGGCGGGCGCGUACGCGCCGCUCACGGCGCAGGGCACGAUCCUCAUCGACCGGGUGCUGGCGUCGUGCUACGCCGUCAUCGACGAGCACGGCUGGGCGCACCGCGCCUUCGCGCCCUUCCGCCUGGCGCACGCGCUGCUCCAGGCGCUGGCGCCCGCGCGCACGGACCGCGCCGCCGGGGCCCCCGGCGUCCACUGGUACUCGCGGCUGCUCUACCGCCUGGGCACGUGGCUCCUGGACCGCGACGCGCUGCACCCCCUGGGCAUGGCCGUGGCGCCCAGCUGAAGGUCCCGCGCGCGCACCGAGACCUGGAGGACGGGCGGGCGCGGAGCCCGGGACGCCGCGGGAGGGCCGGCGGAGCGGCCGCGAGGACGCGCGGCCCCAGUUCCGGCGCUGUGAUGAGUCGACUUUUUUUUUUUUUUUGAAGUUUUCAGUUGUUGUUUUAUUUUUGGUUAUUUUUUUUUCCACCUCUCCUGGCUAUUUAUUUGUUUGGUAUGAAUAGAUGUUUUAAAUAAUAUGAACAGGACCUUCAAAAGCCUUAACUAGUUUGUUUCUUGGAUAAUUUAUUGUUACCACAUGAACUGUGCUCCCGGGCGGGAGAGCCGUCCGCGAGGCCGGGCCACCUGCUCAGAGUCUAUUUUUCUACACACCCCUCGCCCGGGCUUCCAGAAAGCCGCGCUCCGCCCUCCCCGCCCCCCACCAGGCCAAGCGUGAACCGAGGCGAGCUCGGGGAGUCCACAAAUUCUAUUUUUAUACACAGAAUUGUAAAUUAGAUUUUUUGAGAGUUCACUACGUAACUGAAUUACAUUUCAUUUUUGAAAUAGUGUAAAAUAUAAAGAUAUAUUAUUUUAAUUUAACUAGUGUCUGCCACUGGUGAAGCCAGGCCCUGGAUGGCUUCGUGGUGGCCCGUUCGCUUGGAUCAGCCCCGCCACCUCCUGAGUCAGGACCACUGCACGCACGUACACACACGCACACGCAAAUACAAGGCACUCAUGAACACAUGUGCUUACACGUGAACACAUUUUUCUUUUUGGACAGGCUGGAAGAACUGUUAUUUUUAACUUCAAAGAAUUUACUAGAAAAUACUAUUUUUUACGAAGCACACCUAGUAAUGAGCCCACGCGGACGGAGCCUGUAGUUUGUACAGAGAAAAACAAAGGCUGUUUUGCAUUAAUAAAUCGAGAAAUAACUGCUGUAAAUUUACUAAAAUGUAUUUUUGACUAUUUUGUAACAGUUUUAUAGAAAUAAAGUGCCGCGCAGACGUCAGCGUGUGGCGAGGCUGCCCGGGGCCUGGCGGGCGCGGGACCCUCCCAGGAGCGCGCGCAGACGAGCUGAUACUGUGAAUCCCGCGGGAGGAGCGGCCCCGCCGGCCCGCGCGCGCCCGCAGCUCUCGGAAGGGCGGGCCGCGGACCCCGUGCCCUGGGCUCAGUGCUCUGCAGGAAGGGGCUGACUUCUGGCCCUCCCACCCUCAUCCCCCACAACCCGGCCCUGCUGUGGCUCAGGGCUUAGCCCCACUUCUGUCCGUGCCCUUGAGGGGCGCGCUGUGGCCGCCGUCCCGGUGUGCGGCGGGCUGUGGACGUUGCUGGGGUCUGGGACCUCUGCCGCUCGAAGUCACUGCAGCUGGCCCCGAGGAAGGGGGCAGGAUGGACCCGGGGCCUGAGUAGGUCGGCGGUGGUCUCCAGCGGAACCAGGACCCCAAGAGGCCCAGGGCCCAGAUGGCGGGCGGACUGACCCGAGCAAGUGUCCGUCAUGUGCAUGCAGCGGCUUUGGAUGCCCUAAGCAGGGCCCUCAGCCUCCCUGCUGUGGCCAGUGGGGUCACACCCAGCAGCUCCAGGCCUGCUCCCCUGCCCCCCAGUCUUCUCCAGGCUGCUCGGACAGAGGCUUCCCCAGCGGCCCACCCAGUUUCAGUUCCCACGGCCACGCGAGGAGAAGCUGGAUGUGGCCUGACCACCCCCACCACACAGCCCCUCCCCCAAUUGUCAGCGCGCCCCUGCCCAAAAUGUCUCAGAAUGUACUUGACCCUCCUUGUGCUUCCUUGUUGGAAUCAAU